CAAAUGUGUCAUGACGAUGACACUUUUAUGCUAACUAUUAUCGAGUGACAUGAAUAGAUUAUUUCUCAUAGUUCAAUGACAUAUUUGAACUUUUUCCAUUUUUUCUAGACUCCUCAGAAACGACAUCUAAUCAAUACGUUCCGACUUAUAAUAGAUCUUAAUUUCCGUUCUUUAAUUUUUGCAAUUUCCCCUUUUACCAGCACACACACCCACCCCCAACCACCCAAAAAAAAAAAAUCAUGCACUAGCUUUGUCGUAUUCACAUGACGACGUCGUUCGUUGAGUGUCUCCCAGAAUUUUUCACUCUCAUAACAUUUGACAGAAUCGAAGUAUUUAAGACGGUGUCUAUUUUGGCAGAAAGUUUACAGGUCAUUUGUCAGCAAAUCCAAGAUCCACUGGUCCAUCAGUUCCAAAAUCUUUGAUUAGGACUUUCUUGGUUUAACGAUUAGGGUACAAUUACCAAAAAAAUUACAUUAAAUGGCAUUCUUAGGGGAUAAGGUGGUAGCUGUGAUCAGGGUUGGUGGACCCACAAAAGGUACUCGUUUUCGGCCUCUUUCUUUCAAUACACCGAAGCCGCUCUUCCCUUUAGCUGGUCAGCCUAUGGUUCACCACCCGAUUUCCGCAUGUAAAAGGAUACCCAACUUGUCACGAAUUUUUCUUGUUGGAUUUUACGAGGAGCGGGCAUUUGCCUUAUAUGCCUCUUCAGUAUCUAGGGAGCUUAAUAUCCCUGUCAGGUAUCUGAGGGAAGACAAACCUCAUGGGUCUGCAGGUGGCAUUUCUUACUUCAGAACUCAGAUCAUGGAGGAUCUUCCAUCUUACAUUUUUCUGCUAAACUGCAACGUGUGCUGCAAUUUUCCAUUGCCAGAGAUGUUCGAUGCCCAUAUAAGAUAUGGUGGUAUGGGUAUAUUGCUAGUUAGCAAGGUUUCUGCUGAAUCAGCCAGCCAGUUUGGUGAGUUGGUUGCCGAUCCUGUUACUAAAGAAUUGUUGCAUUACACAGAGAAACUUGAGACCUUUGUAAGUGAUCUGAUAAAUUGUGGGGUUUAUGUCUUUACCUCAGAAAUAUUUAGUGCCAUACAAGACGUUUCCACACACAGGAAUGACAGAGGUAAAAUCUAUCCAAUAUUGUUCCCUUAUCCUGAAACAGCCGCCCUACCUUUCAAGGUGGGGGUUAGGUCUGCGUACAAUCUACCCUCCCCAGACCCCACAUGGUGGGAUUAUACUGGGCUUGUUGUUAUUGUUGUUGUUGUUGUUGUUGAUUUGUGCUUGGUGUUUCUUAAUUUCAGCUACUCUGCAUCAUUUUUCCAGCCAGCAUGCAACAGGGUGAUUCAAGUCUCAAUUGAUUUUCUGACUUUCAAGCAGUUAUACCAGUCCCUUCCUAAAGAUUUUGUUAGGUUGGAUCAAGACAUCUUGUCACCUCUUGCUGGAAAGAAGAAACUGUACACAUAUGAGACCAUGGACUUCUGGGAACAGAUCAAGACUCCAGGGAUGUCUUUAAAGUGUUCUGCUUUGUAUCUUGCUCAAUUCCGGAAUACCACUCCCCAUCUACUUGCUAGUGGAGAUGGCACCAGCAAUGCCACAAUUGUUGGGGAUGUUUACAUUCAUCCAUCAGCUAAAGUAUACUCAACAGCAAAGAUUGGGCCGAAUGUUUCAAUAUCUGCGAAUGUUCGAGUGGCUGCUGGUGCUAGACUCGUCAGCUGCAUCAUUUUGGAUAACGUAGAAAUCAAGGAAAAUGCAGUUAUCAUGCAUGCUAUAGUGGGGUGGAAAUCAUCUAUUGGGAAAUGGUCCCGAGUACAGGCUGAAGGGGACUACAAUUCAAAACUCGGGAUUACAAUUCUUGGUGAGGCCGUAACUGUUGAAGAUGAAGUGGUCGUGAUUAACAGCAUUGUCCUUCCAAAUAAGACACUUAAUGUAAGUGUACAGGAAGAGAUUAUCCUGUAAAUAUUCAAAGUUUUGAUUCCAAGAGCUCUAUACCACCUAGGAUCUACCUUCUUGUCACAAAAGUUUAGCUUAUUCAUAAUCCCUAAUAAAUACCUCUUCUUCUUGCAUCAAGCAUUCUUGUAUUGUGGAUUCAUCUGAGUUAGAAAACAAUUGGAUGUUUUCUUAUCAUACUGAAUUUAGAAGACAUGCUUAACUAACAUUUCGGUUAUGUUUUCUCUUGAGGUCCUAAAUACCUACAACUG